UUGUGGAGUAGAGAACGAUGAAACUACUUAGCAGAUUUUUAACUUUCAAGAUAGUGAUUAGUUUUCUUUUAAUCAGUGAAGUAUCAAACGACGAAAGUAGCAACUCAAGCAAAUCUUUUGCUAUUCAUAAAGGAAUUCAUAAGCGUGCACUUUUCUAUCCAUUUGUUCUUUUUCCCUACAAUGCCGCUAUCGGCAUUCUGGUUGCACUUGCCAUACCUUUAGAUAUUCCAGGUCGCAGUAUAUUUGUUUCAUAUAACUUUGAAUCAAACUUUUUCGUGCCAAAUCAGCCAAAUGAGUCUUUUCCGGGUCCAAUUAUUAGAUUUCCUGGCUUGAUUCCAACAACCGUUGUACCAAAUCCUGAAGAAAAUAUCAUUUUACGAAGAAGUUUCAAGAACGAAGUUACUGGAAGUUCAAAAACCGAAAGUUUUAAUGAUGACUCUUCGCUUUUUGUCAGGAAAGCAGUUUAUCGGCUCAUCGAAAGUCGAUUGAAUUCGAGAGGUAUUGAUGGAAAGAAAUGUUUAUUACGUGCCAUUUGUGAAUCAGCAACAUAUCCACUAAUAGAAAAUAAUGGUGUAGUUGGACAUAUAUUGCAUAUCGUUCUUACGCCAUCGUCGUCGCUAGAUGAAGAACUACCAAAAGAAUAUUCAAAAGCAGAGAUUUUGGGUCGUGAAAAUAAUUGUGUUAAGUAUGAAAGACAUUGCAAGUUCAGUCUACUUAAUACUUUCACAAAACUUAUUUAAGAAAUUUUAUUUAUGCAUGUUAAUUUUUUUAAGAAACUUUACAACUGUGACAUUUCUAAGGCAGC